AUGCUCCAAGCAUGUGGCCAGCAGCAGGUAUACGUAUAUCGAGUGAUAAGAACGGUCAACUUUCGAGGCGAGCGAAACCGGAUGUGUGUAACACAAGCGGCUCCCCCCUGUUACUUGUGCGCGAAUUUAUUUUCCUUUCCUUUCGGGCUUGUUAGCCGACGAUCGAUAUCUGUUUUCUAUAUGUUUCUCUAUAUGCGAGAGAAACGUGUGCCGACGGAAAGAGUAAAGAGCGUUGCGUUGGAUGUUGAUAUCAGUGUGGCGUGAUGCGAGGGAUUUAACCUUAAUAACGAUAACGAUUUUGUUGCCUUUCUUUCUCUUUUCUUUUCCUUUUAUCAUUAUUCUUUUCAUCGACUUCUCUGAAUAUUCCGUGCAAAUUUUUCAGAGAUCAGAAUCAUAUUUUUUUUUCCUCUGUCGUUUUUACGUCUGAUGGUCAGCAUAGGGAUUUUGUUUUUUUUUUUUUUUCUGUGAUCACUGUGGUAUAAUCAGGUAUAUGGUGAUGUUGCUUUAUAAUAUUAUGAAAGAAUAGUACCAAUCGAAUGUUUUUAGGAAGGUAAUGUAUUUAUUUUGGUGAAUGUUUGAUUGAUCUUAUACAAUUAAGUUAUAAUUAGAUUAUAACCUAAUCAGUAUGUAAUUAUAACCUAGUUGGGUUAUAAUUGUGUUAUGAUAUAAUUCUAACCUAAUCAGUAUAUAAUUAUAACCUAAUUAGGUUAUAAUUUUAUUAUGAUAUAAUUGUAACCUAAUCAGUAUAUAAUUAUAACCUAAUUAGGUUAUAAUUGUAUUAUGACAUAAUGUUUGAUUGUUUUGCACAAUUAAGUCAUAAUUGUAUAAGAGUUGGACAUUUGAAUUUAAAUGUUUGAAUUUGUCUUUGAGUUUGAAUUUGAAUAUUUGAAUUUGAAUUAUAAAUACUUGAAUCUGAAUAUUUGAAUUUAAGGAUUUGAAUUUGAAUUAUAAAUACUUGAAUUUGAAUACUAGAAAUUUAAAUUUGAACAUUAGGAUUCGAAUUUGACUUUGAAUUUGGAUAUUUGAUUUUGAAUUUGAAUUGAAAUAUUUGAUUUCAAGUUUGAACGUUAGGAUUUGAAUGUUCGAAUUUGACCCUGAAUUUGGAUGUUUGAAUUUGACUUUGAACUUUUUUCUCAUUGAUUAGAUUCGAAUACUCGAGUAUUCGCUCGAUCGAAUGGUUUCUAUUCAAUUGGUGGAAAGGGAUUCAGUUGGACUUGGUUGCAAAGACGACGACUGGUUGCGACCGUGGCGGCGCGGAAGUGCGCCAAGUCGGAACUCGAGAAUCCGGCGUCGAAUUAAUCAAUUCCUGCCACGGAACGAAACGAGCCGCACGAUAUUUUCGUAACGAGCUAAUUGCGCAAGUUAAUUCGUUAGGUUCAAGCGUGAAUCACCCUGUAUAUAUCUAUGAAACAGAAGCUGCCACGACUAUCGAUUUGAUUCUCAUUGGCCGUUUCUUCAGAGACGAUCGAACCCUGAACGAGGCAGUGAAGAGGAGAAAUCCACGUGUCGACACGGUUUGACGCGAUCGUAUGAUCAAUUGACAUCUCUCUGCAUUCAACGGUUCAACGAACCUGCUUCUGGUAAGGUCAGGGCCGUUCACAGCCGCGAGCUCGCUUGAAACGUUGUCAUUCUCGCGUUGUCUAGAUUGGCCAGCACUAUAUGGUAUAAUAUAUUAUACCAUAUACUAUAUAUAUUAGUACUAUAGCCAGUACUAUAUGGUACAAUAUAUUAUACCAUAUACUAUAUAUAUUAGUACUAUAGCCAAUAUAAUAUAUUAUACCAUAUAGUAUACUAUUUAUAUAUAGUAUACUAAUAUAUAUAGUAUAUGGUGUAAUAUAUAUACUAUAUAUAUUAGUACUAUAGCCAGUACUAUAUGGUACAAUAUAUUAUACCAUAUACUAUAUAUAUUAGUACUAUAGCUAAUACUAUAGGAACAAAAAGAUACAGUAAAUUUCAUUCGAUAAUAAAUUAAAUUUACUAAUUUAGAAUCUCCAAUUAUUCUUGUUACAAUGUAUAAAAUUAUGAAAGUAAUCUAAUUUAACCUAUAAUUAUAAAAAUGCCUAACCUAUGAUUAUAAUAUAUAUAUUAUAUAUAUUAGUACUAAAUCUAACCUAUGA